GCCUUUUCCCUCUGGUAGUAGAGGCUGCCCCUUUGACAGGGAGUUUGUGGUCAGCGAGUGGGCCCUUGGGGGUCUUGGGCUGUCACAGGGACUCCAGAAAGCCAUGCAGAGCCUUGUGCCAUGAAGGACUUCUCAGAUGUCAUCCUCUGCAUGGAGGCAACAGAAUCGAGCAAGACCGAGUUCUGCAAUCCUGCCUUCGAGCCUGAGUCUGGGCCACCCUGCCCUCCCCCAGUUUUCCCAGAGGAUGCCAGCUACAGCGUCCCAGCUCCCUGGCAUGGUCGGCGUCCUCGAGGGCUACGGCCAGACUGCCGCUUCUCCUGGCUCUGUGUCCUCCUGCUCUCCAGCCUGCUCCUCCUGCUGCUUGGGCUGCUGGUGGCCAUCAUCCUGGCCCAGCUGCAGGCUGCACCCCCAUCUGGGGCGUCCCAUAGCCCACUGCCUGCCGGAGGCCUUACCACGACCACCACCACCCCCACCAUCACCACCUCUCAGGCAGCUGGGAUCCCUAAAGGGCAGCAGGAGUCAGGCGUGAGCCCCUCCCCACAGUCCACCUGUGGAGGCCUCCUCUCUGGCCCAAGGGGCUUCUUCAGCAGCCCUAACUACCCAGACCCUUACCCCCCCAACACCCACUGCGUGUGGCAUAUCCAGGUGGCCACAGACCAUGCAAUACAGCUCAAGAUCGAAGCCCUCAGCAUAGAGAGUGUGGCCUCUUGCCUUUUUGAUCGCUUGGAACUCUCCCCUGAGCCUGAAGGCCCCCUCCUCAGGGUUUGUGGAAGGGUGCCUCCCCCCACGCUCAACACCAAUGCCAGCCACCUCCUGGUGGUCUUCGUCUCUGACAGCAGUGUGGAAGGAUUUGGUUUCCAUGCCUGGUACCAGGCUGUGGUCCCUGGGCACGGGAGCUGUGCCCAUGAUGAGUUCCACUGUGACCAGCUCAUCUGCCUGCUACCUGACUCAGUGUGUGAUGGUUUUUCCAACUGUGCUGACGGCAGUGAUGAGACCAAUUGCAGUGCCAAGUUCUCGGGGUGUGGGGGGAAUCUGACUGGCCUCCAGGGCACUUUCUCUACUCCCAUCUACCUGCAGCAGUACCCUCACCAACUGCUCUGCACCUGGCAUAUCUCGGUGCCUGCCGGACACAGCAUAGAACUACAGUUCCACAACUUCAGCCUGGAGGCUCAGGACGAGUGCAAGUUUGACUACGUGGAGGUGUAUGAGACCAGCAGCUCAGGGGCCUUCAGCCUCCUGGGCAGGUUCUGUGGAGCAGAGCCACCCCCGCACCUCGUCUCCUCGCACCAUGAGCUGGCUGUGCUGUUUAGGACAGAUCAUGGCAUCAGCGGUGGAGGCUUCUCAGCCACCUACCUGGCCUUCAAUGCCACGGAGAACCCCUGUGGGCCCAGUGAGCUCUCCUGCCAGGCAGGAGGGUGUAAGGGUGUGCAGUGGAUGUGUGACAUGUGGAGAGACUGCACCGAUGGCAGCGAUGACAACUGCAGCGGCCCCUUGUUCCCACCCCCAGAGCUGGCCUGUGAGCCCGUCCAGGUGGAGAUGUGCCUCGGUCUGAGCUACAACACCACGGCCUUCCCUAACAUCUGGGUGGGCAUGACCACCCAGGAGGAGGUGGUAGAGGUCCUCAGCGGUUACAAGAGCCUGACAAGCCUGCCCUGCUACCAGCAUUUCCGGAGGCUCCUGUGUGGGCUGCUUGUGCCCCGUUGCACCCCACUAGGCAGUGUUCUGCCCCCUUGCCGCUCUGUCUGCCAGGAAGCGGAGCACCAGUGCCAGUCUGGCCUGGCACUACUGGGCACCCCCUGGCCCUUCAACUGCAACAGGCUGCCAGAGGCAGCUGACCUGGAAGCUUGUGCCCAGCCCUGACCCUGAAGCCGGCCCCUGCCCUCUUCCUGCCCGUCCUCUUUUGCCGGUCAGGGCUGGCACGCAGGGGAACAAAGGAAGGAGCACCAGCAGGGUCUCUACCCAUCCUUCUCUGGGGCUCCCAGGGAGGGGGAAGAGAAGUCCUCAGCUGGGGCUCAUGGGACCCUACCACCCUCCCUGCUCCUUCCUGUCCCUUUACCGGUCCCAGGCUGCUGACUGGCCCCACACUGUGCCACCGGACAAUCGAGACCGCUUCCCAUCCAGGCCUCUUCCCCUUUCCAUCUGCUUUUUCAGCUUCUCCAUCGCCUGCCUUCUGACCUUUUCCUUGAUUCAACAAAAAUGUACUGAGCAUCUAUUCAUGUGGCAGGCCCUGUCCUAGGUCCUAGGGAUCCAA